GGGCGGGGCGGGGCCGGCAAGUUUGUCCCUCGAGUUGGCAGCCCAGGAGCCCCCGCGGCUGCCGCGCAGGUGCCCUCCGCCUGGUCGCGAUGGAGCUGCCCGCGGUGAACCUGAAGGUGAUUCUCCUGGGUCACUGGCUGCUGACAACCUGGGGCUGCUUCGUGUUCUCAGGCUCCUAUGCCUGGGCCAACUUCACCAUCCUGGCCUUGGGCGUGUGGGCCGUGGCGCAGCGGGACUCCGUGGACGCCAUAAGCAUGUUUCUCUGUGGCUUGCUGGCCACCAUCUUCCUGGACAUCGUGUACAUCAGUAUCUUCUACCCACGGGCCGGCCUCUCAGACACGGGGCGCUUUGGGGCCGGCAUGGCCAUCCUUAACCUGCUGCUCAAGCCCUUCUCCUGCUGCUUCGUCUACCAGAUGUACCGGGAGCGUGGGGGCUUCCUCGGACCGUCUCAGGAUCGCAGCGCCUACCAGACAAUUGACUCUGCAGAGGCGCCCGUGGACCCCUUUGCAACCCCAGAGGACAGGGGUCAAACCGCCCGUGGGUACUGAAGUCAGCCCUGCUGUGCCUGGCCCCGGCCUGGGCACCAUUGCCUUCCCUGUGCCUGGGAGGUUGUUCCAGGGAUGCUCCUGGCCUCCCUUUCUUGGACCUAAGAUGGAACGUGUCCUCCCAUCCCCAUCUCGGGUUGCCUGAGUCAAGUGCCGCAAAAGGCCAGGAGCCCCGUGGGCCCCCAGCCCUGUGAACACUCCUGUCCCAAACUCCCUGAGGCCUCCCCUUGCUUCAAGGCACCCAUUGGUCCCCAGGCUGGAACUGUGGUCUCUUUCUCACCUCCCGCCCCAGAGCUGCACCACGGAGUCUGAGUCAAGCUUAGGCCUCUGAGGGCUGGUGAUGCCCCCACAGUUCCCCCCAGUUUGGGGCACACCCCCGCAGGAGCUCUGAGAGCUUCGGGCCAUUCUAGCCACAGGAGCAGUCGGGCAUGGGAGUGAGGUCCCCAUGCUUCUCACUGCCUGGUCACUUGGUGCCUGGGGACCCUGGGGCUGGAGCCGAGAGGUCUCUGCAGCACCCAUGACCCACCACAGCCUCCAGCUGCCCUUCUUGGGGCCAUGGCAUUAAAGAUGGCAUUAAAGUUUGGGGAAUUCUGUA